ACCAACUUCAACAUUUGUCCUUAACCUUCAAGUUCAGCGAGAAAGCUCGCGUUCAGCUGCAACUGUUCUGUGAUUCAGAGAAGAAAAUGUCAGACGACAACACCCCUUCCUUCGCAAAAAUUGCAAUGGGUGUAUUCAAGGUUAUUGAUGCCCCAGUGACGCUUUUCAGAGAGAAGUUUGUGUUACCAAACCAAGAAAAGGGCACACACAAAUGGUACCACAGGCGAUACCGACGUAUUCCUUCGUUUGAUGAGUGUGAGGUGGAUGAGCCUAUCUGCAUGUAUGAAGCUGAGGAACAGUAUCGCCGAGACAAACUUGUUGACAACCAGAUUCUGAAGAUCCUGCGACAGAGGAAGAUAGAGUGUUUGGCCUGGGAGGGUCCUGAUGCCUCCAGGAAAUGCAAGAAAGUGACCGAGGACUAUGAAACCUCAGCCACCAACUGGUUCAUCAAAUAUGGUGAUAUUGGUGCCAGCGCCACAGGAAUUGAUGCCUACAUGAAACAAAAGCAUCGGCUGAUCUGGGAGAGACGCAAGUUGGAGAGCCAAGCAUAAUGUAGUGACUAGGCUGUAGACAAUACAAUAAUUGAAUUUCUAGAUGCUGAUCACUACCAGCUGUUACUACAUACACUCUUUGUGAUCAGCAGGCAUGUCAUUUGUACACCUGCUAUACCCCAGAAUAUGAAGACGUUUGGGAGAUGAAUGGUGUUAGUUGGUUUUCUUUUGUACAGGUGAAAUUUCCUUGAAUAUGAGUCCUUGAAAUUAAACAUUUGAAAAAUGAAA